GGGACUGAGUUUUGGUGAGUCUUGUUGUUGAAAAGAAAUCUGGAAAUCAGUGGAAAUGGAUGAGAAAAUUGCUGUUGUUGAAAGUUUCCUGAGUUGCCACGUAUGUUCAGAGACUUUCAGAGAUCCUGUGUCUCUGAGCUGCAACCACAGUUUCUGUUCAAGCUGCCUGCAGGAAUUCUGGGAACAAGCUAAAAACAAAAACUGUCCCAUCUGUAAAAGAAAAUCCUCUAAAGAUCAUCUAGUAGUGAACUUUACACUGAAGGAACUGGCCGACUCCUUUGCUGGGAGACAGAAAACUGGAUCAUCUGAAGCAGAAAAAGUGGAGCAGAAAGUGGAGGUGGAGUGUAGUAAACAUCCAGAAGAAACUCGAUUGUUCUGUAAAGAUGAAGGCAGAGCUAUUUGUCCUGUCUGUGAGUUUUCUCUCCACCAGAGUCACACAGUGGUUCCUAUAGAACAAGCAGUCAGUGACCUGAAGGAAAAGCUGAAAUCUGACUUAAAGUCUCUGCAGGACAAGAAGGACAAAUACAAACGAGUGGAGGAAACGUACGGAGAAAUGAGAGAACACAACAAGAAUCAGCUGUUGUCCACAGAGAGGCAGAUCAGAGCAGAGUUCAACAAACUCCAGCAGUUCCUGAAGGAGGAAGAGGAGUCCAGACUGGCAGCUCUGAGGGAGGAAGAGGAGCAGAAGAGGAAGACCAUCAGCAGAGAGAUGGAGAGGAUCCAGGAGCAGAUCUCCUCUCUGUCAGACAGCAUCUCUGCUGUAGAAGAAGAGCUGCAGAAACACAACAUGUCGUUCCUCAGAGGUUAUAAAGACGCUCAGACCAGAGCCAGAGCCCAGAGCUCACUGUCAGACCCACAGCUGCUCUCAGGAGCUCUGACAGAUGUGGCCAAACAUCUGGGCAACCUGUCCUUCAGAGUCUGGGAGAAGAUGAAGGAGAAGGUCCACUUCAGUCCUGUCAUUCUGGACCCAAACACUGCAAGCCGCUGGCUCUAUCUGUCUGAUGAUCUGACCAGUGUGAAAUAUGGAGACACAAAGCAGAAACUUCCUGAUAAUCCAGAGAGAAACAUGAAGUAUGCUGAGGUUCUGGGCUCUGAGGGCUUCAGUUCAGGGAAACACAGCUGGGAGGUGGAGGUGGGAGAUCAUCCUGACUGGGUUGUAGGUUUGGCUAAAGAGUCAGUUGACAGGAAGGGAGAGAUAAAGGCUUCACCAGAAUAUGGAAUCUGGUGUUUAUGGCAUCGUGAUGGAAAAUACACUAAUGGUGAUGGUCAGACUGUCAGAGAGAAGAAGAAUCUCCAGAGGAUCAGAGUCCAGCUGGACUAUGACAGGGGGGAGGUUUCCUUCUACGACUCUGAAGACAUGACUCAGAUCUGCACUCACAGAGACACUUUCACUGAGAAACUCUUUGCAUAUUUCAGUAUUGGAGAGUCUGGAUUUGCCAAAACUACUGAUAUUAAAAUCUGUCCCUCUGAGAUUUCUCUGAUGAUCAGGAAAGUUCUUUAAUGGUCCAAACUCUCAUCUUAAAACCCUAAAAUAACUCCAGCUUUAUUUCACUCUUCAUCACACUUUACAGUCAAACCUUCAUUCUAGAUCUUCACAUUCUUCAUUCUGUCUUUAAAACACAUCUGAUGUCACUUCAUAGUUUUUAUCACUGAAAUCUGUUCAACAACCAAAAUGAUUUUCAUCAACAAAACUGUUCAAAGCUGUUAAAACGUGCAGAAAUGACAUUUUCUCUACUUUGAAUUCAGCGUGUGUUUAAAUGAGACGAGAAGAAGAAGAAAAAGAUCCACUAAACUCUGAGACUGGAUCACAUCAUCAGUUUAAAGGUGGAAAUGUUUCAAUGUGUACAAAGUGAGGCUGAUUAUCUAAAUGUAGAUUCUGAUCCUGGUCAGCAGCAUCUGGACUCAACAUCUGGAUCAAAGUCUUUGUUUGACUUUUUCUUUUAUCCUCAUCAGUCGUGUUUUUUCUUUGUGAGAUUUCUUCAUUUAUUGUUCGGUUAUUUUAGUUUUUAAAAUGUUUUCUGAUCUACACAUUUUCUACAUUUCUGGGAAAUCUUUGAACAUUUUUUGGUGAAAAAAAGAGAAAUGUUAAAAAUGUUUCUU